GGAUUACCCAGCAGGCGCGGCCGGGCCGGGGGGCGCAUGCGCAGUGCCUCCCAUUCAGACUGCCAUGGCCGCCUGUGUCCUCUCCCGGCUCUGGCUCGGGUCAAACGGAAGAUCCGCGGCUUGUCGCGUCUCCAGGAUUUUUGGUGGAUCCCUAAAUCUGGUUGGAAAUGAAGCUCAGCAACAAGACAAAAGAAAUCUUUCCCUUCAUGAAUAUCUGAGCAUGGAUUUACUGAAAGAUGCAGGCAUAAGAAUCCCUAAAGGACAAGUUGCCAGCUCGGCUGAUGAGGCCUUCAAGGUUGCCAAAGAAAUAGGGUCAAAAGAUGUGGUGGUGAAAGCUCAGGUGCUUGCUGGUGGUCGGGGGAAAGGAGAAUUUGAAGGUGGUCUGAAGGGAGGAGUGAAAAUCGUUUACUCCCCAGAGGAAGUCCGAGAUAUCACUUCAAGGAUGAUUGGGAAAAAACUAGUCACUAAACAAACUGGAGAGAAAGGAAGGAUAUGCAACAAGGUGUUUAUCUGUGAACGCAGGUAUCCAAGAAGAGAGUACUAUUUUGCUAUCACAAUGGACAGAUCUUUUCAGGGACCAGUUCUCAUUGGUAGCAGUCACGGAGGGGUGAACAUUGAAGAUGUGGCAGCCGAGACACCAGAUGCUAUUAUCAAAGAACCUGUGGAUAUUAUGGAGGGAAUCAAAGGAGAGCAAGCUGUCAAGGUUGCUCAGCAAAUGGAUUUCCCAGCUGCACUAAUAGAUGAUGCUGCUGAUGUCAUUGUACGUUUGUAUGAACUCUUUUUGAAAUAUGAUGCUACUUUAAUUGAAAUAAACCCAAUGGUGGAAGAUUCAUCAGGCAUGGUUAUGUGCAUGGAUGCAAAGAUCACUUUUGAUUCUAAUGCUGCGUAUCGCCAGAAGCAAGUAUUUGACUUGCAAGACUGGAGCCAAGAAGAUGAAAGAGACCAGGAAGCAGCAAAGGCAGACCUUAACUACAUCGGACUAGAUGGCAACAUUGGCUGUUUGGUAAAUGGUGCAGGGUUGGCUAUGGCAACAAUGGAUAUUAUAAAACUUCAUGGUGGUACUCCAGCUAACUUCCUAGAUGUGGGUGGUGGAGCAACAGCCCAGCAAGUUACGCAAGCCUUCAAGCUUAUUACUUCAGACAAAAAGGUUCAGGCAAUUCUGGUUAAUAUAUUUGGUGGGAUUAUGCGUUGUGACAUAAUUGCUCAAGGAAUCAUUACUGCUGUUUCAGAUCUACACUUAAAAAUUCCCAUCGUUGUUCGACUGCAAGGUACACGUGUCGAUGAUGCAAAAGCACUCAUAGCAGCGAGCAGCCUGAAAAUUCUUGCCUGUGAUGACCUGGACGAUGCUGCCCGGAUGGUUGUAAAGCUUUCAGAAAUUGUUUCACUGGCCAAAGAAGCACAAGUCAAUGUGAAUUUCCAGCUCCCAAUCUAAUCAAAAUACUCCAACUUUGAAAGUGGAUGCUUUAAAGGGGACAGUUGCAAAACAGCUAUUUAUUUUUCAUAAGCUUAUGUUUCUUGAAAUGUUUGCUUAAUAAAAGUAAUGUGGUUAGCAGCCUGGAGUUAUUUAUUUGCUUGAAGGGAAAGCAAUAGUAUAUUCAGAAGAGGCAACGCUCAUUAUUGCCUUUUCAAGGCUAUAUUAACUUAUGAAAAUGUAUCAUGUCAAUUCAUUAACAUAGAAGAUUUAGAACAUCUACGGAUUCUGCCUGAUACAUUUGAUCUUAACUUGCUUAGCACUAGGAUUGUUUUUAUUUUGUGCACGCAACCAUAGUGCAGAUUACCAAUUGGCUUCUUCCAAUGAACAUGUAUAAAAUUUUAAUAUCUACAUUAAAAUAGUGAAGAGCAGAAUGCCAUGUAAAUGUUGAGUGGUUUUGUUAAAUCGUCAAUAGUAAUUUCUAGCUUUUGGUUCCUUCACAUAAUGGUCAUGCAAGAGACAAGGUACAAUGAUUAAAUUAUUGGAUGAGCAAUCUAGAGGUCUAGUCCAACAAUCCCAGGGAUCUGAAUUCAAAUUGCUCUAUGGCAGCUGUGGAAUUUAAAUGUAAAUACAAACAAAAACUGUUGUCCUUAUCUGAUGUGACCUGUAUGUGUCCCCAGUCUUAUCAAAAUGACCUAGCACACCCCUUAGUUCAAGGAUAAACGGAAAUGGACAAUAUGUCAGUAUCCUGAUAAAUGAAUUUUCAAAAAGCUUUAUUCUUGCAUGUCCAGAAACAGUGAUUAUGCUGUUUUGUGUGGUUUUCAGAUGGCUUUUUGUUCUUCCAUUUAAGAGAGGAAAUAGGUCAUUUUUAUGUGUAUUGCUUACUUUUGAUUUACACCAGGCCAAACCAUAUGUUCCUUCAGCUCACACAGAUUAUUAUGAAAUGAGCAAUUUUUAUAAUUUUGUAAGUGUUAUCGAUGAAUAAUUCUAGCAACUUCAAUGAAACAGCACCAAAAAUGUAUAUGCUGCAUGUGAUUUUAAUUGUUUUUGUUUCUCUAUUAUAAGUACUCUUUUAUUGUGCCACUCCUUUUUUUAGACAGUUAAAACACUGGCCAAAAGAAAAUCCCACUCAGCACAAACAUGAUUACAGUAGGAAAUGUUCUGAAAGGCUGUAGAUGCAGGGAUAAUGAGAAAUUUCAAGACUGAAAUCCAUCGAUUUUUGUGUGGUAAGAUAUUAGGCGAUACAGAGCUAUGGCCAUGUGAGUCCAUUGUAUCAUAAAACUUUAUGAAGAAUUCAAACAAAGACAAUAUGACUACUAUGGAGCUUAGUGCUAUGGGAUGUAAUUAUGAGUGUGUCCUUAUCAUAAUAACUCCCUGUACUGCUUCAAAAAAAUCCUAAAUGAAAAUUUUUUUAAAAACCUGUAAGUGCUGGAAAUCUGAAAUAAAAGUAGGAAAUAUUGAAAAAACUGAGGUUGGGCAGCAUUCGUGGAAAUAGAACUGGGGAAGAGUGAAAACAAGCUAGUUUUAAGUACAAUCCUGGUCUCACCCUCUCUGCAGCUUAAAAUUAGCUUGUUUCUCUUUCCAUAGCUACUAAACGUUAUGGCAUUUUUUUUAUUUCCAAAUCUUCAGUUGUUGUAAAUUUGACUUUCUGGGUGGAGCAUUUUUCACUAUGCAGAUUUUUUCAAGACUUUUUUGUUUUUUUGUCUUUUAAUCUAUGUUCAGAUUCUCAUUGAAUUGUCUGUUUGAUUCAUUGAAAACUACGUAAUUGUAAUACUCUAUGCAAAAAGUGAAAACGCCAGCUCAGAAUGAAAUGUAAAUGUCAUCUGAACUGUGUUUUGUCUUAAGUUCAAACAAGUCUAUGAUGUACUAGUGGAGUUAUUUUAUUGACACCGCAACAAUUUUUAAUGAAAAUAAUUCAAAAAAAAAUUUGAGCAUCAAAAGUUGUCCUUGCUAUUGUUUUAAUACAGAGGAAUAAUGAAUUUUGAAGAUUAUUUAACUUAAUCAAGGUUACCAAUUAUUUCCAAAAGUUGCUUUCCCUGUUAUAAGUAAAAUUUAAAUUAAAUGCACAUUUGCUUAUGUUCACUAAAUUUGAAUGCACUAAUUGUGUGCAAUGAAAAGUAUGCUGAUUUAAUGCAUAAAUCUGAAUAUGGUUUUAUUUUAUAGUUUUGAAAGGUUGCAUAAAAAUGUGAAUGACAUUGUGAACUUUGUCAUAUAAUCUGAAAUUUCUGGCAUUGGAGAAAUAUUUGCAUUUAUGUAGCUAAAUCAUUUGGUCUGAGAAUGAUUAUCUUAAUUACCCAGAAGCAUAAUCAACAUCUAACCGAAAUUGUGGAAGACCACAAUCUUGUCUGUGGUGUUGGAUGGUAUGUGCAAGACAUAUUUCACCCUAUUUUGAUUAACUUUUUCUUACAUCUUGAAAUUUAAGAUGUUAAGCGUAGAAGUAAGAUUUUGGGGUUUGCAUGCAUGAUUGAGGUGUGUAGCAUAAAGUCCAAUUAAUGAAGCCUUGGUGGUAUAGAUUGAAAAUAGUUGUAAUUUAAAAAUAAACAAGUAUUUGAUUUUUA